CUCACCUAGCGUGUGAACAUGACGCCUCGAGAGGAUUGCCGCACUACUAGAUAUCCUUAGAUUUGGUCGACCUACAACAAACCCAGUCAUUGCAUAUCACCGCUCAUUUUUACCGAGAAUGAUCUCAGAGAGACUGCUUUCACAGCUGCCACAGGAUAUACAGAGGCUGGUCCGGGGAGUGUCGAAUCGUUCCGUAGCAGACUUCGAGAAGCUCUGUGAUCGAAUUGCGAAUUGCUCCGCAUCCGAAAUACGUAUCCUGCAGCCAGCACUCUACAUGCAUCUCGACCCAGAUCGCAUUCCUGAAAAGUCGACUCCUGCCGCCGCCACCGAUAUUGAGCUCGCCCGGUGGUCACUUUCCGGGAUCAUAAAAUCAUUUAACCACUGUCUUGGCACUGGCCCAAGAGAAUACCUAAUUUCCACCUGGAACCGUGUUGCUCUCUGGCUUAUCUUCUUUCACAACCAGUUUGUUAUGCGCAGGGCCAAUUAUAGGCCGAUCAGCAGGAGGCUUGCUGUCGACCUGGUUGGUUGUUUGUUGCAUUUUAGCGUGGCCGCCGCAAGCGGCAGGGAUGCAGUAUUGAUCACUACCACGCCCGCCCUUUACUACCCGAUCGUAGAAUCAUGGUUACUCGCUCUCAAAAUAAAAGAUGAGGAUGUGCUGGUCAUUGACCAGCAUCCUUAUUAUCGAUCGUCAUUUGGCCUUCAAUUCGCUUCUAUUGAAUUUAUCCUCCCCGUGGCGCGUAUAGUAUGCAUGAAGGACAAAGCCUUUAUGACCACCAUGCUCGAAGUGUCGGGCGACAUUGGCAGACUCGUUUCUACAGCUCUAGGAUAUGUGAUACACAUAGGAUCAAUGGCACAGGACCCUAAAAAAGUCACAGACCCUCGGAGGUCCCUCGGGGCGCUUGCGCACACAUUCUCGAACUGUGUUAUUGUUAUUUUCGAACUAAGCAAGCACAGCGCCGCAGUGCGGGAAGAAUUCAUCUUACAACUAUCCGUUAAAAAGAUUUUCUUGAAUUGCCGCGCUUUCCAGCUCCUUCUUUCUUCUAUAGAGAGAAUGGAUCCCACAGCCGGCAAAUUGUCAUUCGUCUGGAGUUUCGAUUACCUCGUUCUUCUGCUUGCCCGUGCCAAUAACACAAUCCCAGUGUUAUAUCAAGCUCUCCACUCAAAUGCCUUCGAAACGGCCAUGAGUAUCAAAGGGCCUCCUGUGGAAGCAGACAAAUAUUGUCACAAGAAAAGCUUUCUUGUGAUCUUACAUGGUUACCUCGUCUACGACAAAAUCUUGACCUAUGCGUGCACACAUGUGGAUGCCUGGUCUAGUGCUUUCACACCAAAUGUGAUACAAGACGAAACCGUCCGAAAGGGCUGGUUGGCAGUCAAGAUGAAGAUACGAUUGUAUGCCAGUCUCAAGUCUAGGGAGGAAAUGAUGAGGCGGCCAUCACCUAAUGAAAAGGGCUGGAUUUUACGAUGUUAUUGUGGUGAUACCAGGGAGGAUAUUCAGCUUAAGCAAUGCUCGGAAUGUCAGGUUGUGCGGUACUGCUCAAAGCGAUGCCAGCGUGACUCUUGGUACACUCAUCACAGGUGGAGCUGUAAAUUUUUGAAGGCAGCUGUUGGUUCAUCGACAUCGCACUACGUGAAACGCAGUCUCUGCCUGCUAUCUGGCUUAGAAGAUCACGUGAUCUCGUGUAAAUGGGAGGAUAUUCAGAGCCAGGUAGAUGCUGCUCGACGCGAGUAUCCGCAAGAUCAGGACCGACUCGUUGUCAAGGUCACUGUACAUCAGGAAGAAGUAUCAGUCAGACCUCUUCGGGACUACCUCUUUCUGUUCAAUGGUCUUUCUGAAAAUGAGGUCGUGGAUCGCUUAUCGUCAUGGCCAGAUCCAAGGGGCCAUCUUCGACGGCCAUUUUGUUGUUCGGUUAUCGCAAUAUACGAUCGGCAUUCAUCCCAGCAGAUCUUAUUCAGUCCACGUACUGCAUUAGACAUGGAGACAGUACGACUCAGCGGAAAUCGAUGAAUGAGUCGAAUCUCGAACUGUGUUAUGGUUAUUUUCAGGUCAUUCGAUUCGGAGCCCAAUUACCUUGACUUCCUCACAACUAUGUUUGCGACGCACCAUGACUGAAUAAGGUCACCGGGAAGAAACAGUACACUUCGACUGGUACUAAGCCGUAAAUGAAGCGAGCCUUGUUCCAAUUUUCGAAUGUUGGCACCGAAUCGACGAA